CUAGGAACGUUUUUUCGGCGUUCUUCUUUGUGCGGUGGCUGCUGCGGCUGCUUCGGUUUUACUUCGUGCGUUCAUCAUGUGCUCGUUGUAUUCGCUACUCGCACUUUCUCUCUCUCUUACACUUACGCUUAUUGGCUUGCUGCUAUGUCACACACACACGCAAACAGGCACACAUGGCUAGCUUUUGUGUCUUUUUCGCGUGAACAAAUGCAAAUCAGCAGACAAUGCAAAAAAAUGCAAAGUUGUUGCCAUAAAUCUCAGUCAUCAAAUUGCGUUUUAUAAGCUCCUUCUUUUUCAUCUUUUCUGCGAAGCGCAUAACGCAUGUAACGGCAUUUCAAAUGCAAAUCAAAUGCAGAGCGCUGUUCGCCAGCACAAAAAAAGAAGAAGAAAAAAGAAACCAAGAAGGAAAAAGAAAAAAGAGGAGAGCGCGCAGCUGAGCUUGGAGCGUGGGCGCACGACGACGAUGCCGACGACGACGAUAGGCAACGAGCCAUACAUAAACCGUUGCGUUGGCGUUUUCGGCAGCGUGAGAGAGAGCGUGAAGGACCAAGAGAGAGAGAGAGAGAAAGAGAUUGUUCAGCGAGAGCGCGUUCAAAACCGAAAAUUUCGUUUCGAAAAGCGCAAAGCGCUGCGGCAACCUUAAAAGUCUUUUGUUAUCCACCUACCAAAUCGUAUAAAAAUAAAACGAAAUGUAGAAAACUCAUUAAUCAAAUUAUUACUAAUCAAUGAUAAUACCAUUUACAGUCCAGCCAAAACCCAACAGAAAUAAAAUCAAAUUAAAUAAGAAAUUCAUAUAAAUAUUGCUGCUAUGUGACCUUCGCGUGUGGCUGUAAGUCCAAAAAAGAAUGCAACAACAACAGCAACAAAAACAACAGCAACAACAACACCAGCAGCAGCAGCAGCAGCAAAACAAGAAAAAACACACACGACACACGAAUUUCAAUUUAAAUUUCAAGGUUAAUGUGCAGCAGUGUCGCAAUAACAACAACAACAACAGCAACCAAAACCACGGCCCCAACAACAGCAAAGCAAAAAUCGCUUAAAAUAAAUCUAAAAUAAAAUAGUGUAAAUUCUUAAAAUGUGUUGUGUUAUCGAUAUCAGUUUCAAUUAAAUCGGCCACUGUCGUGACUUUCGUUACGUUACGUUGCGUUACGUUUGCGUUUGCGUUUACGUUCCAUUCAAAUUCCCCUGUUGCCCGUUUACUUUGAAACUCACUUUCCCUUUCUGUUGGCUGCCAUGUGUCGAUCAACAUAAAGCAACGUAAACGAGUUCUUUUUGGUUGACAGUCUGGCAACGCCAUUGCCCUUAGAAGUGGGGAAGCAUUUUUGAUUCAUGCCGCUAGCCGCAGAGCGCAGAGACGAGCCGUCGAGCAGUUGCCAGGUUACGGAUAGAGAGUUGCAGCUGACGCUGAGGCAGCUGAAACAGCUGAAGCAGGCGAAAAUCGACACGACACACGACAUAUUAAUGAUGAUGAUGGGGCCAUGAGCCCAUCAUUUAUCGCAUUGAAUUGGAGUCGCAAGCGCGUCUCAAGCGGGCCUGCACCAUGCUAGCACCGCCGAACCCGAGGUCAAUAUGCGGCCAGGACCCGGGCUGGUCGUGAUGGCGCUUGCGUUUAUUUCGGGGGCUCGGCGUGCCAGCACCACCAAUACCAUCAGCAGCGGCAGCAGCAGCAGCAGCAGCAGCAGUCGCUCGAUAACAACACCAACAACAACAACAGGAAUAGGAACAGAAACAACAACACAAUCGGCAACACAUUUACCGUCCAGCUACGAUUCGGCCCGCAGUGGAGAAGCUGUUGGUGGCGGCUUCUCGUAUCUGCUGCCAGGAUUGCACGACGGUAGCCCCGGUGACGCCCCCGCCCACGUAUUGCCGCUGCUCCAGUUUGAUUAUUAUCAGCGGCGGCCCGCCUUGCAUCCGCCAGACGAAACGCUGCGGCGCGCUCGCAGUCUCGAAAGGGGCAGAGGCACAGAAUCGACGGCGACGGCGGCGGGGGCGCCCGAGUCCAGUGAGGCAACGCUCAUCAGCGAGAGAGACGACGGGCGGGAGCAAGAGCAGGAGCAGGAGCAGGACGAGGAGCAGGAGGAUAGUAGUGGACUGCCAGUGCAAUACGCUUCAUCGCGUGCUUUUGACGAGGAGGCGGACGAGGACAUCUUUGCGCUGGUCGCCGAGGACGAUCUGUUUUCGGAGGAAUCGUUCGAUCGUCUAAUAAAGCUGAGCGAGGACGCAGCCACCGAAGAGGAGGACUACAAUCAAGCGUUAAGUCAGCAACAACAGGAGCAGGAACAGGCGCGGGUACGGGAACAGGAACGGAAACGGGAACGGGAACGGGAACGAGAACGAGAACGGGAACGAGAACGGGAAACGGAGCAGCAGGACGAAAGUCGUUUGGUCGAUGAGAGCGUGCUGCAUGCGCAACACAACGAGAACGAGAACAAGAAGCAGAAAGAGAGGGAGAGCUACAACAGCAACAACAACAAGCGAGAAACAGGUGAAGAACAGGAGACUCGAGCCAACGACGCCUAUGCGUCGCAUCUAAUCGCAUUCGGCCAAAGGGACGGCGGCACGAAUCUAGGAACCGCAACAGCAACAACAACGAGUGCAGCAACUGGUGACAGCUCGGCGAGCGUAACGCCUGCAGAUCCACGAAAGUCCAUACUCGGCUCUGCAACAGCUCUAACACGCCUUAACCCUUGGAUAUCAGCUUGUGAUCUGGCACAGCCGGGCACAACCGGCACCGAUUUGCAGGGUCAGUGCUCGGCUGGCACACUGCCCAUGGCCUGGGUUGAUGAGGGACCUGGUCCGCCAAUCUGUCCGCGUUCCUGCGCCGAACAGCAGCCAAUGGAAAGCAGCAUCGAUAAUAAUAAACUCAAGUAUUUCAUAAAUGCAAAUACGAUUAACUAUAAGACGACGCAUAAUCGCAACAGCAACAGCAACAGCAACAAUAACUUAAAGGCCAUGUCUCGAGUGCGACGCGAUAGGCAAUGGGAUGAGAAUGUUGUUGUUGUUGAUAAUGCCCCAACGGAGGCGGCAGCAACAACAACCACAACCGAGCAGGAGUUGGACGAUGUGGAGCAGGAGGCGUUGGAGGCAAGCAGCACAGUCAGCAGCAACAUUGAAGAUGAGAUUAUGCUGGAUGAGGAUCAAUCCACACUGCUUUAUAGCCAACUCCAGACACACGAACAACUCAGCGUCAACGAACACCAACAACAACAACAACAACAACAACAACAACAACAGCAACAACAACAGUGCCUUGAUUACCUGGGCGAUGCAGCCGAGACGAGUCCACAGCAUCUGUGCGGCCUUCGCUCACCUGGUCAGCUGCUCGCCCGCCUGCGCACCCUACGACUGCGCCAUUGCUGUGAACGUAGCGUGUUCAGUGCGCUUCACACAUUGGCUCUAAAUGUGACGCUCUCGGACCGGGAUGAGUGCAUUCGAUUGCUAAGCGAUCUACUCGAUGUGGAUGCGCUGGCCAAUCGCAUCACCUGCGAACUGGCCGAGAUACUCUUUCGCUUCGACUGCCGCCAGGUGUAUUCGCUGGUCAAUCAAUGCGAUGACUGCAAGGAAGCUUAUCGUCGCUGGGUGUGCAGCACGCUGGUGCCGUAUUUCGCUGAGCCGCAGGAUGUGGAUGCAGCGGCAAAGCCGACGCCAACGCCAGCGUCUGCGUCAGCGCCAAGCGAUGAACUCGCCACGCCGCGAGGGGCAGCUGUAAAGACAAUGCCAGCGGGCAAAAGUAAACGUGCAGCACGAACCGUGGGCACAGCAAGCGGAGGCGGUGGAGGAGGAGGAGCUGCUGCUGCUGCUGUUGCUGCGGCCGCCACCGCUGCUGUUGGUGGCACGGGCAACGGCAUCAAGCAUAAAUCUCAGAAAUUAAUCAGCAAUAACAAUAAAUCAAAUAACGGCAAUAACAUGAACGAGCGUCAGAUUAAUCAACAGCAUGACGAGGACAAUGAGCCCCGCGAUGAGCCGCAAACAAAGCUCUCGACUGCGACUGUGGCUCGGGCGUUCUACGAUGUCGUUGGCAUUGGCCAGACCCAGACCCAAGCCCAAGUCCCGGCCCCAGUUCACAAACAGUUCCAGACCCAGUUCCAGUUCCAGUUCCAAUUACACAACAACAGCAACAGCAACAGCCAUAGCCGAGCUGCCACUGCUCAGCGUGAAGAGGAAGACGAACAAUUCAAUAAUUUCAUAUCGACUGCCAAUAAUGCGGAUCCCAGUGCAGCGGAUCCAGUGAUAUCAAAACUACAAAAGAGAUCAACACGCAAGGCAGAGUUCCGCAAACGCCGCAGGAUUCGACCCUGCCUUAGCGUCUGCCAAACCGUCGAACAAAAGUGCCCCUAUCUGCUGCCCGCCGAUCGCGCUCCCGCGCUGCCCACCCAAUAUGCCGGCGAGCCGACAUUUGUAUGCCUAGAUCAAAAUAUACCGGAGACUGGAGAGCAGUUGAAGAAGUCGAGCUAUGGCCCCAACGACUGCUGCUACAGCUACUGCAAUGGACCCACUGAGGGCAUCUGCACCAUCUGCCCGAGCUUUGCGCCCACCUUCGACUCGGCCAGCAACAAGAGCAGCAACUCGAGCUCAAGCGGUCAUCGGGUGCACAACAUAACGCUGACGCUGAGCUCCCCGGCGGGGGAGCAUGCACGUGCUGCGAGCGUCUCGCUGGCAUUGAGGAACAUCUCACGAACGACUGGGGAGCAGGCAGCUGGCUUGCUGGAGCAGUUGCCGUAUUAUGCGCAUUACGAGAGCGUCUACUACUAUGAUGACGAUGAGCAGGGCAGCGAGAUGCCGGAGCGGGCGCUGUCUGGCGGCUGCGCGGCGGUGCCGUCAGUGAGCAGCCGCUGUGAUAUACCCUAUUAUGCAUCCGGUGUGGCGCCGACGCCGCCGACGCAGCUGCUUGUCUGGUUGAGUGCUCUGCUUGGUCUGUUGAGCAGCUGUGGCGCUGGGGCGGCGAGACAGCGCUGCAGUGGGCGUGCCCAGAGGGCGGCAGCGGCAGCGGUAGCGGAACGUGUGGAUUCAUGUCCGGGCAGCUGUCAUGAGCUGUUAGCGAACAGUCCAAGUCCGAAUCCAAGUUCGAGAAAGAGAGACGGAAAUGGAAGCGGAAUCAGAGGCGGAGGCGGAGCCGGAGGCGGAGGCGGAAACGGAAACGGAAGUGCAAGCUUCACUGCCACACACAACAGACACAAAUGGGCGUGGCCAUGGGAAUGGGAAUGGGCAUGGCCGUGGUCGUGGUCGUGGACAUGGGCAUUAACAUGGGCAUGGGCAUGGCUAUGGUCAUGGCUAUCGCUCAUAUGCCGAAAAGUGCGUUAUCUACGCGUAUCGCGAGACCGUAGUCGUAUAAUUAACUAUAAACACAUACAGCUACAGUUACAACCACAGAUACGAAACAGACGUUGCACGAGCGAUAGGAAUAGAUAUGAUAGGAAUUACCGUUACAUCUACUAUUACAACUACAACAUCAACGAUUGGUGGCGGAGAUGGAAGUGGUUAGGCAGCGAUGGUCGAGCGGCAACCAUCAUCUCAAAGGGCGCCUUAUAGUGCAUGCAAUAAGUAUGCGGCCACACACACACCCUCACAGAAACACACACACACACACACACACACACACAUACACACAGAGAGAAACACAUUGCGAAUUUUCACUAAGAUUUGCAGUUCAAAACAAAAAAAUGAAAAAAACCAAUGAAAAAACCCAGAAAAGAAAAAUGUCAUUAAUUGUAUUUCGUACUCUAGAAAAUUACUCGUAAUGCUAGCUAAUUAAAAAACAAAAAAAAAAGAGAAAAGAAAAACAAGUUGAGUGUAAAAACAAAGAAAAUUUGCAGGUCGUUUCGCCUACCAAUUUGUUUGGAAGGGAAAACUCAAUGAGAGCAAAUGAUAAAUGGGAAAAGAAAUUGAAAAUGGAAAAG